AAAUAUCUUAUCUUGUUUGGCAUAUAAUCUUCAAUCUCCCAUUUUUUUCACAGAAAACAAAAACAAAAGAAACAACAAAUAGACUUUAUGAUGCAUUCUUGUACCCAAAGGAGGAGGAUGACAUGGAGCUUGUGUUUAGUAUUCUCUGUUUAUAACUUAAUACUUGUUUUUGCUUCUCAUGCUACGCACUUGUGCCGUCCAGACCAGAAAGAUGCUCUUUGGGAGUUCAAGAGCGAGUUUUACGUCGACGGGUUCCACUCUGAUGAUACGCCAGUUGAUAAGAAGACAGAGAGGUGGAGGAACAACAUUGAUUGCUGUUCUUGGGAUGGUAUCUCGUGUGAUCCUAAGACGGGUAAAGUCGUUGAGUUAGACCUCAUGGACAGUUUUCUCAACGGCCCUUUGAGAUCUAAUAGUAGUCUGUUCAGACUACAAGAUCUUCAUAUUCUGAAUCUUGGCUCCAAUAAUCUUUCAGGUAUUCUCCCAGAUUCCAUCAGCAACCUUAAAUAUUUGAGGGUUUUAAGUCUUAGCGGUUGCAGUUUCUGUGGAAUGAUUCCUUCUUCACUCGGAAAUCUUUCUUAUCUCACUAAUCUUGAUCUUUCUCAUAAUGAUUUCAUCGGCAAGUUCCCUGAUUCAAUGGGUAACCUUAGGAAACUAACAGAUUUGGGACUUGACCAUAACAAGAUCAGUGGGAACUUUCCCCAUGUGCUACUCAAUAUGAGCGAGCUCACUCAGAUCGACAUUGGUUCUAACCAGUUCGAAGGUAUGCUCCCAUCUAACAUGAGUAGUCUCUCCAAACUGGUCUAUUUUGAUAUAAAUGAAAAUUCAUUUUAUGGAUCUAUUCCGUCAUCUCUCUUCAUGAUCCCUUCAUUGAUUCAACUUUAUAUGGGAAGAAACAGCUUCAGUGGUCCCCUUGAGAUUGGGAAUGUCUCUUCACUAUCUACACUUGGUUUUUUAUCAAUUGGGGAAAAUAAUUUCAAUGGACCAAUCCCAAAACUUAUAUCAAAGCUAGUUGGGCUCUGGUAUCUUGACCUCGCUUCAUGGAACACAGAGAAGGGAAAGGUUGAUUUCAACAUUUUCUUGCAGCUCAAGUCACUUACGUUCCUUGACCUCUCUUAUAUAAAUACAAGAAGCAUGGUUGACUUGAGUCUUUUCUCGGAUCUCACGUCACUUGGUUAUCUGGAUCUCUCCGGGAUUAAUUUGAAGGUCAGUCCAACUCUCCAUCUUCUCUCACCCAUUGAAAUAUUGACUUUAUCAUCUUGCAAUAUUGCUGAGUUUCCCAAAUUUCUAGAAACACAAACGAGUUUGUCAUAUUUAGACAUUUCUGCCAAUCAAAUUAAAGGUCAAGUACCAAAGUGGUUAUGGAGUCUCCCACUGCUGCGGUAUGUAAACAUUUCUCAGAAUGCCUUCACUGGUUUUGAAGGAUCAGCUGAUGUUAUUCAACGAAGUGAAAUAAUACUUCUUGAUAUAAGUUCAAACACAUUUCAAGAUCCAUUUCCUUUGUUACCAAACUCUACAAAGUUCUUUUUAGGCUCCAAUAACAAGUUUUCAGGAGAGAUUCCUAGGAUAAUAUGCAAGUUGGCUUCUCUUGAUACACUUGUUUUAUCUGAUAACAACUUCAACGGUUCUAUUCCUCGGUGUUUUGAGAAUUUCAGUACUAAGCUUUCAGUCAUGCAUCUCCGGAACAACAGUCUAUCUGGUAAUUUCCCGGAGGUAUCUAUCGGUGAUCACUUAAAGUCACUUGAUGUUGGUGGCAACCGGUUAUCAGGAGUACUUCCCAGGUCUUUGAUCAACUGCACCCGCCUCGAGUUUCUCAAUGUGGAAAACAACAUGAUUAAUGACACGUUUCCAUUCUGGUUGAGGUUUCUUACCAAUCUACAAGUUCUUGUCCUUCGUUCUAAUGAGUUCCAUGGGCCCAUAUCUUCUCCUGGAGUUUCUUUGAGUUUUCCCAAAUUGAGAAUCUUUGACAUUUCUAAAAAUAGUUUCACUGGAGUUUUGCCAUCGUAUUACUUUGCUGGUUGGACUGCAAUGUCAUUGGUCAUAGACAUUGUAGAUAUUCUGCCGAGUAGGUUUGAGGGGCGUGACUCUGGGAACUUAUAUAACUCAGUGUCCAUGACGGCAAAAGGACUAGUGAUGGAGCUAGUUGGUAGUGGUUUCACAAUCUACAAAACUAUUGAUGUCUCUGGAAACAAACUCGAAGGAAGUAUUCCCGAAUCCAUCAGUUUACUCAAGGAACUGAUUGUGCUCAACAUGUCAAACAACGCUUUUACAGGCCACAUUUCACCAUCUUUGGAGAACUUGACCAAUCUACAAUCAUUGGAUCUAUCUCUAAACCGAUUGUCUGGAGAAAUCCCACCAGAGCUUGGAAAACUCACAUUUCUAGCGAGAAUGAACUUCUCUUACAACAUGCUUGAAGGUCCAAUACCACAAGGCACUCAAAUUCAAAGCCAGAGUAGUUCUUCUUUCGCAGAGAAUCCGAGGCUCUGUGGUGUCCCUCUCCAAGAAACAUGCGGCAUAGGAGAUGGUGCAACGACUCAAGAGCAAGAAGAUGAAGAUGAAGAAAAGGAAGAAAAAGAUCAAGUAUUGAGCUGGAUUGCAGCUGCAAUAGGGUAUGUACCGGGUGUGUUUUGUGGAUUCGUCAUCAGCCAUAUUCUGACUUCAUAUAAACGUGACUGGUUCAUGAAAAUCUUUCACUCUUUUGCUUAAUAUAAGCAUCAGUUGCAUGAUGAUAUCUACUUAUGUUAUAAUCAUGUUCAUGCCGCUUUUUUAAAAUAAUAAUGUAAUGUCGCAAAGAAUUCGUUAUGCAAAAUUUGUGGAGAGAGCGUUACAACAGA